AGAUCAGCUGAAGUCAGUGGGACUUUUGCCUCCAGUAAGCAGUGAGCAAUGACUUUGAGACUGCCCCAUUAACUCUUCUUGCUUAGCUAUAAACGCAGGCAGAACUGGAAUGAAGCUGUUCUUCUCUGUGACAACACAGUCAAGGAGAUUUUAAAUCGAGGAUCAGUCACUCAAAAACCAUUGAGGCAGUUUUCUGAUGAGGGGGCGCACAAGGCACUAGGACCUAGGAGAAGUCUCAUCCACCCUGGCAGGAAUUUCUUGCUUGGAGCUCAGACAACAAAGGCAGAGGGAGCUUGGUUUUCUUUCUCUCAGCAUCUCCACCCUGCGAGCUGAAAACCGCUUCAGAUCUUUAGGGGUCACCAAACUAUGGAACUUGAUUUUGGACACUUUGACGAAAGAGAUAAGGCGUCCAGAAACAUGCGAGGCUCACGUAUGAAUGGCUUGCCUAGCCCCACUCAUAGUGCUCACUGUAGCUUCUACCGAACCAGGACCUUACAGGCACUGAGUAACGAGAAGAAAGCAAAGAAGGUGCGUUUCUAUCGCAAUGGGGACCGCUACUUCAAGGGGAUUGUAUAUGCUGUGUCCUCUGACCGCUUCCGAAGCUUCGACGCUUUGCUGGCUGACCUGACCAGGUCCCUGUCUGAUAACAUUAACCUGCCUCAGGGAGUUCGUUACAUCUACACCAUUGAUGGAGCCAGAAAGAUUGGGAGCAUGGAUGAACUGGAAGAAGGGGAAAGUUACGUCUGUUCAUCUGACAACUUUUUCAAGAAGGUGGAGUAUACCAAGAAUGUGAACCCCAAUUGGUCCGUCAAUGUGAAGACAUCAGCCAACCAGAAAGCACCUCAGUCUCUGGCCAGCAGCAAUAGUGCUCAGGCAAAGGAGAACAAGGAUUUUGUGCGGCCCAAGUUGGUGACCAUCAUCCGUAGUGGGGUGAAACCCCGAAAGGCUGUUCGUGUGCUCUUGAAUAAGAAGACUGCACACUCGUUUGAGCAAGUUCUUACUGAUAUCACUGAAGCUAUAAAACUGGAGACAGGAGUGGUCAAAAAGCUGUAUACUUUGGAUGGGAAACAGGUGACCUGUCUCCACGAUUUCUUUGGGGAUGAUGAUGUGUUUAUUGCCUGCGGUCCAGAAAAAUUCCGCUAUGCGCAGGAUGAUUUUUCUCUGGAUGAAAGCGAGUGCCGAGUAAUGAAAGGGAGCCCUUCAACCGCUGCAGGCAGCAAGUCAUCCCCAACACCACAGAAGAGCUCAGCAAAGAGCCCUGCCCCUAUGCGCCGGAGCAAGUCUCCAGCCGAUUCAGGUAACCAACAGGAUGCAAAUGGUACAUCAAGCAGUCAGCUCUCUACACCCAAAUCCAAGCAGUCUCCAAUCUCCACGCCAACCAGUCCAGGGAGCCUCCGUAAGCACAAGGUAGACUUGUACCUGCCUCUGUCUUUGGACGACUCUGAUUCUCUUGGGGAUUCCAUGUAAAGGAACACAAUGCCAACUGUCCGUGCUACGAGCUCUGUUAAAAAUACAGUACAGUACUUCUGCCAAAUGAAGCAGAUAGGUGACUGGGUGCUUUCAAAUCAAUCAAAGGACACACAAUUCUAUGUAAUUUUUUUUUCUGUGAUUUAUCUUCUGUGCCACAAAUCAACACUUAUCAACUUAUAGGGAUAGAGUGAUACCAUUCUGCUGGAUAACUUUACAGGGAUGCAUAAGGGGCAUUGCCAGCAAUCUCAGGCUACCAUGCCAAUGAUUUCCCCUUCUCUUGUAUUAGUUCUUCUUCUGCUCUAACUGCAUGAAUUUACUAUUGGCUGUAGAGACCUUGAUAGCUCCCUACUAGUUCUACAGAAGUGAAUCCUGUUGAUUAUUCUAAAGCUAAAAGAAAACAAAUGUCCCUUUCUACCUUCUCACAAUGCUGAUGAAUAGUAGCAGCUCUGUGACUGCAGAUCUGCUUCUCAUUUUGUGUCUGAUUUUCACACAUGCGUACUCUCUAUUGUCAUUUUCUGUGGCUGAAUAGCAGGAAAGGAAAUGGCUUAUUACCAUAAGAGGCUUAGGAUGCCACCAGAAUGUGGAACAAAGAAUAUUGGACCAGUUUCAGAAAUGCUGCCUAAGACAGUGAGCAAAGUUUGUAUAGCACAAUGAUGACAUCAUACAUUUAUAUCAGGACAUUUCUAAUAAGUAAGCUAAGAUAUAUAUGUCAGCUGAGUGUCUGGCAUGAACCAGAUUUAUCAUAAAACCCAAAGAUAAUGCUGGCUGAUAAUAAGUUAUUAUAUCUACGGCAUGGUAUCUCUCUAUCUCUGCUUAUAAUCUUAAUGCCUUGUAAACAUCCAACGCUGAAAACACUGUGAGAAUUUGUUUUCAGGUCUGACACCUCUAGGUCGCUUUUUAUAGCAAGAAAUCAAUACACUUUUUAUAAGAAAAGAACUUGUAUCUGUGUUUUAGGAGUAAGUAUUCAAGCUCCUUCUUUUUUAUAAAAGCUGGUAAUUUUCUUUUGUUUAAAAAACACAUUAAGAAAAAAAAUGACAAAAAAACAACUACUGCAAACUAGUAAUAAUAACAACUUAGUUUAGAAAUCUUGUUGUCACUGCCAAACAGGCACUUGCAGGAAAAAAGGAAGUCGAUUUGAAAUAAUGAAUGUUUUGAUAGUUUUUGUAAUGUUUAAGCUAGCAUUUUUAAGGUUUUUCUUUACACUUCAAUACUCCUAACUAUGGCCAGAUGCUCUACUUAUAUCACAGAUGAAACUUUGAGGUGUUCAAAGAAACUCUUCUAGCAGAAAAGAAAAAACUCUUAGGGGAUUUAGUGAAAGUCAUCACUUUUAUUAAUCAGUAAUGAAUCCUACGGGACUCAUCGCUAUAUUCCACAGAGCUGGUGGUUUUUACUAUGCCUAGACUGUAAUGGUUUAGGCUAGUUGGUAUUGCCUCUGUUUCUUACGGAAUAAGCUUUCAGUGAGACUGACUACUACAGAACCGGACCCAAAUGAAGUCCUUGCAAACGAACGUUUUGUGUUGCUCUCUUUUACAUUCGUUCAGCACAUAUGCAGAUUUCCGUAUUUCUUUUCAAUCCCUUUGAGUAGAAUGAAUUAUGGAGUCGUGGUGUUUGAUGCCACAUGAAU